AUGAGUCUCUACGAUAAGAGCCAGGACGAAAUGUUGAUAGAUCUAGUUAGUAAGAGACCUAUAAUAUACAGCAGCUCCCACCCGCAGCAUCGAAACUAUAUAGAAAAGCACCGCGCGUGGGAAGAAAUAAGUGCCAUUCUAAAUACUCCAAUUCCAGGUUUAAAGCAGCGAUGGAAACACUUCAGAGACCACUACCAUAAAAAGAAAAAACAAACACAAAAAAAGACCCAAUGGAAAUAUAUGCAUUUACUUAGCUUUCUAUCACAACAUCCUAAAAAAGAUGCACUACCAGAAAAUAAGACUGAAAAAAAAGAAAUGACACAAAAGCUGUCGACAGCAGCACACAAUGAAUCCUCAGAUUUUUCAAAUGUGUCUGAGUAUGAAAACGAGGGAAGUGAAUCUGCUUCUUCAACGGGAAGUUUUAGUUACAAGCAAGCAGAGUUGUUGCAACCAGAAUUGGCGACUACAGCUAAGCAUUUAGAUCCACCCUACGAAGAAGCCAGAAAUCAAACUGACCACAAACACGCUCAAACCAUUAAAGAAAAACAAGAGAUACAAAGCUGUCGUCAAAAAUUGCAAAGAAUUGUAAGGACAUCGUUAUUAAAGUCAUAUAUACGACGUAGAGCUCGUAUUCUAUCCAGAUCAAAUCACAAAUCUUCGGAAAGUCCAACUAGAGAAAUGUCUAUUGACACCUCUUUGGGACUUCAUGCAAAUUCUAAUAAUCACGAAAUACGUAAAAGUACAACAACAGAACCAACUUUAGUGCCAGGAGUUCUUGGGGCGAACUCUGAAGCCAGUGGAAGUAGGUCAGAAGUAGUGAAAACUGCAGAAUUUAUUGAGAGUACUCGCAAAAUUUCCUCAGGCCAUGGAGACGAUUUUGACGAAUUACAGAUUGAUCAGUUAAGGAACCCUACGAUACGUAAAGAAUCAUCUCCAUUGUCUCCAAUCGGUCCAGUUCAUCGAUUUUACGAGGCAGUUGCUGAGGUCGUUUCAAUGUUUCCACCACACUUGGUUUCCAAAGCGAAGCUCGCAAUUCACAAAAGCAUAUACCAGAUAGAAAGAGAGUGCCUUGGCUUAAUGGACGACGACGAUGACGACGACUUAAACUCAUUUUUACAAGCAACAGAAACGCGGUAUGGAGCAGAAAGUGAAAGACUGGUAAGGGAGUUGGCUGUCCCGCAGUACGUCGCGCUCACUAAAAAGAGGAUACGAGAAGAAAAUGAGUUCUUACGCAGGGUUUCACGCCACACGAAGUUAAAA